ACCAAAACAAAAAGCCCUCUAUCCUCCCCACCUUCCUAUCUUUCUUUCCUUCUGCCUCUCUUCUCUUUUAAUUCUCUUCUUUCUUUUGCUUUCUUGGCCUUCAGUAUUCUCCUCCUAGUGUCUAUGGAUUCUCCACCUUAUUAAAGAACCCACCAUACUUUAUAAAAAGAAAAAAAAAUAAUUACCAUGGUUUUCUCAUCUGUUCCAAUCUAUUUAGAUCCUCCCAACUGGCAGCAGCAGCAUAAUCAUCAUCAACAUGGUGGAGUUGGUACUGGUAGUACUGAAAACCCUCAGCUUCCACCUCUUCCUCCACCUUCUCAUGUUGGAGUUGGUGGCGCUGGUUCUAUUAGGCCUGGUUCAAUGGCUGGUCGAGCCAGGUUAGCCAAGAUUCCACAGCCUGAAGCAGCUCUGAAAUGUCCAAGGUGUGAGUCUACUAAUACCAAGUUUUGCUACUUCAAUAACUACAGUCUUUCACAGCCACGCCACUUUUGUAAGACGUGUCGGCGGUAUUGGACUAGAGGGGGUGCCCUUAGAAAUGUUCCGGUAGGCGGAGGAUGCCGGAGAAACAAGAAAAACAAAAGCAGCAGCUCAAAAUCCACAGGUUCAGCUGAGAAACAAGGUGGUUCUAAUUCAACAAAUGCAGUUAAUAAUAAUAUUCCUUCUGAAAUCACAGGCCAUUUGCCACAGCAAACCCCUCAUUUGCCUUUCAUGGCUUCGUUGCAAAGUUUCUCUCAGUUUGGCAUGGGAAAUAUUGGGUUAAACUUUGGUGGUAGUGCUAAUGGAGGACAAGCUGAGAUGGGGUUUCAUAUAGGAACCAACUCAGGCAUGAAUAGCCCUAUUUUAUCAUCAGCAGGUCAUCAGCAGUUCCCUUUCUUUGAGCCAACAAACGGUUUGUAUUCACUUCAAAGUGAAGGCACGGAAGGAUCAUCUUCAAUGGUGGGUGAAAGCCAGCUUCUUCGUUCCAUAACUUCAAGCUCUAGGGUUUCUCAGCUAGCUCCAGUGAAAAUGGAAAACAACAACAACCAAGGGCUAAACCUAUCAAGAUCCAUGAUGAAUAAUGCUUCAGAGAAUAAUCAGUACUGGGGAGGAAAUAAUUGGACAGAUUUAUCAGGUCUCAACGCUUCUAAUACUAAUCAUCUCUUAUAGUUUAAAAACCUGAUCUUGAAGCUGUCCAGUUAUCAAAACAGCUAGCUUUAAUGACAGAUACAUAUAUAUAGUUUGAUCACCUUGACUGGCACACAAGCUUCCAUCAAAAAAAGUAAAUAAUGGGUGGUGAAAAAUUGCAAGGUUAAGUGCAGAACUUAUCCCAUCAUCAUCAUCUAUCGAAGAAAAAACAAAGAUUUGCAGAAUUGAUGUUGCAUGUUUCAUAGUUUAUAUAUUGGUUUUUUUUUUAAUGUUAUUUUGUUUGCAUGGGCUUGUUUACUGAUGUGUUCUAUGUUUAUGUGUGAUGUUAUGGGAUCUUUUAUCUGACAUUAUAAACUAAUUUCCUCUGUGAUAUAUAUAGCCUUUCUCAUGUCUGCAAAUCA